GGAUACGAGUCCACCCUCCGGAUUUCGAGUUUCAUAACUUGAGGGAAAGAAUCUAUAUUGUUUGCCUUGAUUGGACCAUCUCUCUGCAAUGGCAACCAUGAAUUCGAUCCUCGUCACCGGCGCCACAGGAAAGCAGGGCGGCUCGGUGGUGCGCAACCUCCUUGCCAGAAACGCGCCGUUCCAGAUCCUCGCGGUCACGAGGAACGUGAAGUCCUCGUCUGCGCUGAAGCUCGCGGAGAAAUCCCCCAAUAUCACGCUCAUCGAAGGCGAUCUCGAUAACCCGGCGGCGAUCUUUAAGUCCGCGAAGGAGCGCACCUCGAAUCCAGUGUGGGGCGUGUUUAGUGUUCAGGCUGCCGAUCCGAGAAAUGACGACGAGCGGCGCCAGGGGAUUGCCCUGGUCGACGAAGCCCUCAAGCAAGGCGUCAAGUCCUUCGUGUACAGCUCCGUCGACCGCGGCGGCGAGAAGCGAUCGAUCAACAACCCGACCCCAGUGCCGCACUUCAUCUACAAGCACGAGAUCGAGAAGCACCUGAUGGAACGGGCCAAAGACACCGAGAUGGCGUGGACGAUCCUCCGCCCCGUCGCCUUCAUGGAGAACUUCACCCCGGACUACUUCGGCAAGGUGUUCACGACCGCGUGGCAGAUGUCGCUGAAGGGGAAGUCGCUGCAGGUUGUCGCCACGAGCGACAUCGGUUUCUUCGCGGCCGAAGCGUUCAUGCGUCCGGACGAGCUUGCUGGCAAGGCACUCUCGCUGGCCGGGGAUGAGUUGACGUUCGAUCAGAUGGCGGAGGUGUUUGAGCGGUCGACGGGCCGGAAGGUGCCCACGACGUUUCGGCUGCCCGUGUGGGCGAUGAUGGCGGCGGUGAAGGAGCUGGGAGUGAUGUUUAAAUGGUUCCAUGACGAGGGGUACGGCGCGGAUCUGGUAGAGAUGAGGAGGAUGAAUCCGGAUUUGAAGGAUUUUGGGAGGUGGUUGGCGGAGGAGAGUCAGUUCGAGACUUUGAAGUGAAGGGGAGGUCUUGAUUGGAAUUCGUGUAAAGCUUCCGGCGUUUUGGCUAUGGGGUUUG